AUGAGUAUAUCAAAUCCUUCCGCCUCGCAAACGCAUGUACUCACUACUAGAAGUCUUCCAAAAGAAGGUUCAAGAGAGAUAGAGAUCACAUUAAAUAACAAUGAACCUUCGGAAAGCAUAAAGUCUACCACUAGUACGCCACUAUCCUCACCCUCGAUUCGUUCGGUGCAUCAGUUCACCCACAUUCAUCAAAAACGUUUAUCAAGAACUAUACAGCAUAUUUCAUCCUUCUUGCAGAUUAUUGCAAAUGUAACUCCAACAAUAUCGUUUCCAGUAACGAUAGAGAAAACCUUCACCAUAGAGCGGUUAGCCCGUCAAAUCGAGGCCGAAUAUGCUUUCAAAUUUGGCGGGAUCGAGAUGGUUGGUCAUUAUGAGCCUCUUGAAGUAGGUUUGCUUUAUGACGUGAGCAUGGUAGCCUUACGCUUCCGUGAUAUUAUUGGCGACGUGCUAGAGCAUGGAGACGUCAUUCAUGUGCUGAAUAUAUACGAAGAUUAUUAUCCCAAAGAUUUCGAUGAGAACUCCGAUGCCGAAUGUUCCAGCUACAAUAUUGACAAGGAUCUUCCACCAAUUCCCUCGACCGACAAUGUAUUACUUCCCAAAAGUUCGCCCAAGGAAAAAAGAUUCAGUCUGCCAAUCAUUUCUCAUCACGACAAUCUGAAUCAAUCAGAGGAUAAUGACCAGGAUAAUUCAGAUCGAAUAACUUCUGAGAGUCCUUCACCAUCCAUUAAACAAAUUCAAAAUUUUGUUCAGGCUUCAGAGUCGCGCUUCCAAGCCGUACUUGCCAACACCUUGUCCCUUCGCUAUUUUCAAAAAUUCGCCAUCAGAGAUUUUUGUGUUGAAAAUUUGUUGUUUUGGCUUGAUGUGGAACUUUUCGCGGCAGGAAUUUCCUGCGACAUAGAAGACAACUAUUUUGAGCAGCAGCAAACCGCCGUCAUUCACGCUAGAUAUAUUUACUUAACCUAUAUAAGUCCUAAUGCACCAUUACAAGUUAACUUGAGCGACGAGAUUAGGCGAGAAACGACCUGGCCAAUAGACGAAGAUGCAGAUGUUAAAAGAGACAUGUUUGAUGAGGCACAGGAGGCUGUAUAUCAGUUGAUGAAAGGUCACACCUUUAUUCGGUUUGAAGAAAGCCCUGAAUGGAAAGAAUUUUUAAAAAUCAAAGAAUCUGAUCCUGACACAUAUAAAAGUCAUGAGAUGACAGAACCUUUAGAGAAAUAUUUCCGCCCAAACAUGUCCCUGAUGUUGGCCGUUACCACGAAUCUCGACAACGGUUCCGAUCAAGCUCCAAUCUCUUAUCAUUACAAAGAACAGACACUCCAUUCAAUGUUAUCUCAAUACUUUCCCGAAACAUUCCUUGGAAAUAAAGGAAAAGGAACAACAGAUACGGGACAUAAAAAUAAAAUGUCUGAACCACCAACCCUGGGCGGCUAUUUCAACGUCGAAAAUAGGAUGACCAACGCACAAAGAAUGAGGCGACUGAAAAAGGAACGUAAACUUCAAUGGAUCUUUGGUGCAAAGGUGGGAAGAGUGGAAGACCAAAUCGUGGUGAUGCCCAAGGAACCCAUACAUGGAGAUUUAUUUGAUGAUGAUUCAAAGAGUAUGUUCUCAAAUUUUUCAGCGAAUCGAAAAGCGACCAGAGACGCGUGGAAUCGAAAAAGGAAAGUUGAUAAGCUGGAAUCAAUAUUGGGUAGAGAGCUGAGAGACUCCCAGACAGCACAGAACCUUUUCAAAAAUAAACCAACAGUUAUACCAGUGUCACCCCAAAAAUUUCCUUCGGGUGACAAUUCGUACCUACAGACAGUAAAUGAAUUGAGCAAAGGCGACAAAAGAAAGUUAUUGAAGAAAUCAAAGAAACUUCAGGUUAUGCUGGGCGAGACUUUGGAUGAAGAGAUGGUUCGUCAGGCAUUAGGUUCAGCUCAGUCAAUUCAAACACCUGUAUCUGUGUCUAACAACGGUAGGCUGUCGUUCGUCAGCGAGAUUGGCGGAGGGCGUAGAAGCGAGGGAACUGGUUCAUUUACUAAUCGCCGGGCGUCUUCCGAUUCGACGGUUCCACCUCCGUUAAAGGCGCCAGGAACGGAUGCUCCCCCUUCCUGGAAUAAUAAUAAUAUGGAAAACGCCACAAUGGACAUCAAGAAUAUCCCGCUAGUGAUUGUUAACAAUGCUACUAAAGACUACAGGCGAAAAAAAUUGCAAAAACUGCAUCAUUUUCUAGGUGAAAGGGUUCCCGUCAAUGUGGUGUUUGGAGAUGACGAUUACGAGUUCGUUCCGUUGCCGCCGAUCUCACCGAAAUCGAAAAAUAGAGUUCAACUAAACUCAUUGUCGCUAAGUCAAAAAAGGAGCUCCUAUCAGCCUAACGACAUUUCUCCAACUAACUUAUCUCCAAGAGAUAAAAAGCGUCAUCUAAAUCGAGCAGUUAAAUUAGAAAAUCUGUUCGGAGAAAUUCCCCCCCAAAGUUUAUUCUUGUCCGGCUCGCUGUCAGAGAAAGGUGAUCUUUGCUCCGACACUUCAUCUGAAACCUCGAGUAUAGAACUCCAUCGAAGGAGUAUUAUCUCACUUGAAUACUUGAUGAAUAAUGAUAGAGAAACUGUCUACGAUCUUAUCAAUUACAUGGCCGAUAGUGACGAAAAUAGUGAGGAGACAGACAAUAGUAAGGAAAGAGGAAAUAAUAAAGAGCUUCUUCGAAAUACCGCAUCAUCAUCAUCAGCACCGGCGACCCCUCACCAAGCAAAUUCGCUAAACAAGGAUUCCAAGAAAGUGACACUAAAAAGCAAUCGUAAAUUAUCUCACUUCUUCGGUGCCACCUAUGGACAGAUGUUUCCCGAUAAAGUCCUGGGAGAGUUGUUGGGUGACCUUGAGAGGGAGAUCGAAGAGUCAAGCAGAAACGGAGAAGUUGAUAAGGCAGAUGCUGAAGGAUUGAUUGGUCAACUUAAAGGAUUACGUGUGAAAAGUAAUGAACUAGGGCCCGUUAAUUCUGACGAGGAUGAUGCUAGUACGGAGGAAGAAUCUGCUUUGACGGACGAUGAAUUGCUGGAAUCUAUACGCAAGAGGUUGGAACAGAAUAGAAAAAAGAGGAGCACCAUCAUACAAAUUUGA